AUGGCUACACCUCCGGCACACGUACCCACUGCAGCUUCGGUAGCCUCAAUGGAAUUGGCAGCUAUCACCCUCACAUCCAAAAUACUGGACUUCUGGACGGACCAGCCCAGGAUUUUGUUCAUCAGGACGGAGGCAAUGCUGGCGCCACAAAAAUUAUCAGAUGAUGCCAGGUAUGACAUAGUUGUAUCUAAAUUGAGCAAGGAUGCCAUACAACAAGUCACUGAUUUGCUAAUAGAACCACCAGCUGUAAAGAAAUUUGAAACCCUAAAGGCGCGGUUAUUACUAUUUACGAGGAGUCUAAAAACCAAACAGCUGCAAAAGCUAAUUAGCGAAAUGGAGCUGGGAGACCAAAAACCAUCCCAACUUUUACGGCGCAUGAGGGAGUUGGCCAAGGACAAAAUACCGAAUGAUACGUUGCGGAUCCUAUGGCAAGGUCAUUUGCCCAGUGCAGUACGCGCGGUAUUGGCCGUCUCUGAAACGAAAGAGCUGGAACACCUAUCAACGAUUGCGGACAACGUGUUCAUGUAA